AUGAAAGACGCGGGUAAAAGCCCGGGUGAAUAAGAUUAAUCAGUUAAAACGGCUAGUUGUUUUCUUUACUGAUAAUAUAAGGCAAAAUGUCAUAAUUUGUGAAUAUUAUGCCAAUUUAAUGUAACACACUUUGAUAAUAUAAAUUUUAUAAAUACGAAAUAAUAAGAUGAUAAAUGUUAUCAUUACAUUUUAUUUAGAAUAUAAAGGUAUAAUGUAUACCUUUUGGUAAUUUUUAUUUUUGUGAUGCUCUACUAUGGGUGCACUAUAAACAAAAACGCCUCUAUCUGGAUUUCUAAUGUAACUUAGCAACUUGAGGGGUUGGGCAAAGAUCUCUGAAACAGAUUUGUUUUGACAACAGACGCUUCUACAGCAAACAUGGACAAUAACUAAAUUUCUACUAACUACUAACCUUUCUACUAAGUGUUUUUAAAAUGGCAGACCCAGUGGUUGACCAAAUGACAAGGCUCAGAUUGAAAAUGUUGGAAAAGAGACUGGAGAAUGAGAGAAAUGACAACAUUGAACGAGAAGGUUCAGCGUUUUCCACAAGAAGUUAUGAUGGGCAGGCAGAUGCAUUACACAGCGCUCUGAGACGGAAGAGAAACCUCCUACAGAGACUGAGGGAACAGAAUAUGAUGGAGGAUCUGGGAAGGCCUCACACAUGGGCUGGAUCUCAUAAGCAAUAUCAACCUCUUCGUGGGCCACUCCAGCCUGUGCCUCCUAUACAUAUCCACCAAACUGCACCACCUGCACUUCCACCUGCUCCUCUUCCUCCUCUUGCCCCUCAGCCCCCUCAAAUCAUUCAACACACCGUUCCUCAACAGCCAGCCACCAUUAUCCAUCAGUUACCACAGCAACAGCCUCUUAUAGCACAAUUCCCACCUCCUCAAACUUUUCCCUACAGAUCAGGAAGUAUUAAAGAAGACAUGGUGGAGUUGAUGCUAAUGCAGAAUGCACAGAUGCACCAGAUCAUCAUGCACAAUAUGAUGCUGAAGGCUCUUCCGCCAAUGGCCAUGUACCCGGGAGGAAGCAACAGUCAAAUCACACCUCUAGUCUCACAUUCAGGGCAGGACCUUCAACAUUCAACAAUGAGAGGAGGGGUUGUCCAUCAUCACCAUCACUACGGCUCUCAUGUACCACCUCUUCCUCCAAUUGGCUACUCUUUUUGGCCCUCUUUGAUGCCAGCAGGACAAGACGGGAACCAUCAGCCAUCAGUGCAGCCUGUGAUUGGUCCUGUAAAUAUGCCCCCCUUAAACACAAUGGGAAUUGAUGCGGUGAACUCUCUGAGAUAAUCAUACAGUAAAUAAAAACUGCCAAGGGCAGACAGAUCCCUCUUCAUCUUCAACAACAGCUGAUACAUUGAAAUGGAUAUCUGACAUUAAUUUACAAGUUUCAAUACAGUUACAUCAUUGUUAUUUAUAGGGAUUUGUUGUGAUUUUUUAUGUUGUUGUAUUGACCGAAGGAUUAAAUAAUAUAAUAUUAAAUAUCAGUGAU